CAACAACAUCAACCACAACCUCGUCAACAACAACAACAUCAACCACAACCACUUCAUCAACGUCGUCCACAACAACAACAACGACAACAUCGUCGAUGUGGAUCAAAAUGUAACACAACACUAUUGCUCAGUGACACAAACACUGCCACAGUUCAAACAUUGGUUAAUAGUUUACAAUCUGCUGGUUUAACUGUUAGUUAUAUAUCUGGUGGAAUAACAACUUACACUGGAUCUCCAGAUGCAUCCACUUACAGUUCUAUCAUUUUAAUAACCGGUAAUACCGAGAAUACAGAUAUGCCACUUGCAGGACAACAAUCUAUUUUAAAUGCUUGGCAGAACAAUGGUACUGGUGUAGUUAUGACAGAAUGGGCAGCAUUUCAUGUUUUGAAUGGACAAUGGUCUGUACUAUCUUCACUUUUAUUGGCAACACGAAUAACAGGUGUUACUACAACUAUGUCAUUUACUUUGAUUAAUAGUGGACAUCCAAUUUGGAAUGGUCUAGCAACUUCUUUUUCUACCUCGGUAACUUUAGGCUAUAGUACAUUGAAUACACCCAAGGUCGGAACAACAAUAAUAGCAAACUGCACAGUAUGCGGCACACCUGCAGUUAUUGUUGCACCUUCUUCAGGAACUGCUGGACGUAUAGUACAGAUUGCUCAUGCUGGCCAUUACAACACUGGUACAUUUAAUUGGGGAAACGAUGCAAAUAUCGUGACAAUGAUGAUCAAUGCAGUUAAAUGGUCUGCUCGUCUUAUUUAA